CUCUUCACUUACUUCUUCUUCAUCAUCUUUCACUUCAAUCUUGAUUUCUUGGCCAUGUCUGAAGAUUUCAGAGAUCUUUACUACCAUCAACCCUAUCAAGAUGACAGACAUGGCAGCAUAAACAUGAGUGCUAAUUUUCCUUUCCCUCAUCACAUGGCUUCAUCCUCCUUGACUGAUAAUUCUUCAGUAUUAAACAGUUCACACAUGCUUGAUCCCGCAUACAUGAGCUUCACUGACUGCUUGUUGCAAGGAUCAUCUGAUCAGGGCACAUUUGCCAGAGCUUUUGGCUUGUCGCCAUCAUCUUCUGAGGCAUUUUCUCUAGUCAAAGAUGAGCAAAAACCAGUUGUUAUUGAGGUUGCAGGAGACCAUCAAGCCUGUGCUAGUCAUGAAACUCCAGUUACACCCAACUCUUCAAUUUCCUCUUCUUCAACUGAGGCGGUCGGUGAUGAAGAUUCAAACAAGGGAAAGAAAGAUAAGCAGUUGAAGGAAACACAGGAGGAAGAUGCUCUUAGCCCCAAGAAAGAGAACAAGCCUAAGAAGAAAGGGGAGAAGAAGGAAAGACAGCCGCGUUUUGCUUUCAUGACAAAAAGUGAGGUAGAUCAUCUAGAAGAUGGAUAUAGAUGGAGAAAAUAUGGACAGAAAGCUGUCAAGAAUAGCCCUUAUCCAAGGAGUUACUAUCGUUGCACGACACAAAAAUGUCCGGUCAAGAAGCGCGUCGAAAGAUCGUUUCAAGAUCCAGCAAUUGUGAUCACAACAUAUGAAGGAACACACAAUCACCAUGUUCCAGCAACUCUAAGAGGAAAUGUGGCCGGAAUGUUGCCUCCUUCCAUGCUAACACCGAUGCCGUUAGGGGUACCAAAUUUUCCACAAGAACUGAUUGUUCAGAUGCCUCAAUUUUACAGCCAGGCUAGUGCCAAUACUAGCUCUAUGUAUCAGCAAAAUCUAACCCCACUUCAGCAGCUUCAGUUUCAUGACUAUGGGCUUCUUCAGGACAUAGUUCCCUCUAUGUUUUUUAAACAAGAGCCCUGAAUGGUGAAUCUAACCCCUCAUUGAUAUCUUGUCUGUAGUUUAUGGAUGAAGGUCAAUUUUUAAUUUUCUUUUUUUUUUUAUCCUUCUUUUUUUAACUUCAUCGAUUCGCCUAGUAACCGGGAGAUUAUGUGAGAUAUGAAAAGCCCAGGUGAAGCGUCCACCCAUCAAAUAUCUUCACCAUUAGUUUCAGAUAUUUUAUGUACCUAGCUAGUGUUACUUUGCCUCUAUGUAAUGAAUCAGUUUACUUGGUAUUUAGAUGCCGGCUUGUUUA